AUGAGAACUCUCACCCUCCUUGCUGCCAUUCUCCUGCUGGCCCUCCAGGUCCAGGCUGAGCCACUCAGACAGACAGAUGAUGAAAUUCCAGCCCAGGAUGAGCCUGGAGCAGAGGACCAGGACAUAGCAAUCUCCUAUGCAGGAGACAAACGCUCAGCCCCGGAUGCUCCAGGCCUAAAGACGCACACUACCUGCUACUGCAGAAGAAGACUCUGUCACAUUGGAGAACGUCUCUCUGGGAGCUGUACCCUCAGUGGUAUUCGCUAUACACUUUGCUGCCGCUAA